CUGUACUUUAACCAGGCUGACAUGUUACCCGCAGUAGUGUCGCCUCCCGGGUAAAGCUGGAAUAAUGGAAGAGGAGGAGCAGCUGCGCUCUUUGAUGUUUCUCGUGACUUACAUGCUGCUGAAGCGCAUGAGAGACAUAAACGACGCAAACAUUCAGAGACGCAACGAGAUCCAAAGACGCAUCAGACACCGCCAGUACUUCUUCCAGAGACAGAGGAGGAUGCUCAUGAUGAUGAUAGCGGGAGGCGUCCGCUCCAAUGCCCGCAUCCGCACUCGUCCCUGGACCACCACUCCAAGCACAGACUGGUGGGAGCGGGUUGUCAUGACAGAAUUCCAGCCCUCUGAUUGGCUGGAUAAGUUUCGCAUGAACCGAGAGACGUUCUUCUACCUCUGCGACAAGCUGAGGCCCCGCCUGGCUCGACGGGACACCAGUUUCCGCCUGGCACUGCCCGUGGAGAAGCGUGUAGCUGUAGCUUUGUGGCGCCUAGCAUCCAACAUCGAGUACCGCACCAUCAGCGCCUUGUUCGGUGUGGGGAAGUCGACCGUGUGCAGGUGCGUUAGAGACAUGUGUCACGCCAUCGUGGCGCUCCUCAGCUCCAUCUACCUCCGAUCGCCAGGUGAGCAGGAGCUGGAGGAUUCAGCUCAGCUGUUCCUGUCUCACUGGGGUUUCCCUCACUGCGUCGCUGCUAUAGCAACACUCCACACAGCUAUUAUCACCCCAUCAAACAACGCGUCUGACUACGCCAACCCCGCCGGCUGGCUCUCAGUCAUGUCGCAGGUGGCUGUUAGCGGUCGGGGGCACUUCUGGGAUGUAUGUGCCAGUUUCCCAGGCGGGACAGAUCCAGCUGAGAUCUUACAGAACUCUUCGCUAUGGGCAACAGCCGCCGAGGGUGGACUCUCACCUGCCCCGCCACCUACCUUCAUGGGAAAAUCACUCAGGUAUGUGUUGCUGGGUGAGGCCUGUUACCCGCUCCAGAGCUGGCUGAUGAAGGCCUAUCCUGAGGAACAGGGCAGGACGGCGAGUCACGCGGCACUGACGGAGCAGCAGCAGCUGUUUAAUGGACGGCUUGCCCGAGCGCUGCGCGUGUCUCAGGAGGCGCUGCUGAGGCUGAGGGCACGCUGGCAGUGCCUCAGCAAGAGGAAUGACUGCGGACUGGACGUGGUGCCCACCAUGAUCCUGGCUUGCUGCAUUCUGCACAACAUGUGCGAGUCUCACGGAGACGCAUUUAAAGCGGAGUGGCAGGUGGAGGUGGCCGAGGCGGAGAGUCCCCAACCCAGCCACAAACAGCUUCUCUCUACUAGCAUGAACCAAAGUAAUAAUGAGGAAGUCAGGCAGCUCUUCUGUGACUAUUUUGAAGAGCAAAAUAGCUAAAUAAUUGAACACUUUUUUCCAUGUGCAAUUAUACCUUUUGUUACAUUACCAGCAUGACUGGAUUACUGAAAUAAGAAUCUCAAUCUGUUGCUUUUUUUAUAUUUUCCUGAGCUCUUCUUGUGAGCCCACCCACACUAGAGACCAUGCUUUUCCAAGAGUCUUUCUCAAUGUUCAGCUUUAAAUCCAUCUGCCAGAUUAGCCUUAAAAUGUCACAUUUCCCAUACUGUGUGUUGGCAACAAUCUUAUAAAAGGCAGAGGCAAAGCAAGCAUUUCUAAACAUUACACUUAUUUAUGAUGCACUUUGGUGAAUGGGUUCCUUUUAUUAUUUUUUUUAAUGGUAACAAGAAACUCCUGUAUAUGUUUUUGCUCAAAUGCACUAUUCAUACAAUAAUUCAAACUACUACAAAGGCAAUAGAUUAAACCCCUGUGAGUUAAUAAUAACAUUUAUGAUUAUUUUAUUAAAAAAUAAUAAAAUUAG